UGCAACAAGCAGCUGCGUUUCCAGCCAGUCCCGGAUAGAAAGAGCGCACGUUUAGACGGGCGAGUGUAUAGCUUGUUUCCAUACUUGAAGCAGGGAUUUUUUUUUUGUGUGCAGAAAAUUAACCAACGAUAAAAAAUCACAAGUCAAAAGAUUCUCCAUCAUGGGAUUCUGCGGUCGCGUUCUGUUCGUAGCAGCAACAUUGCUGGUGGCCAUUGGCUACAAGCAGUUCAGAGAUGCAACCGGGCCACUCCCGGUUCCAACGCUGGACCCCAAAGAGUACUGGGGUCCCGGUGAUGUCAGACAGUACAAAGAAGACCCCGCCAUCAAACCCUUCAAAGUGACGUAUUCGCCGGAAGUGAUCGAAAAGCUGCGCUCCAAGCUGAACGAUACCCCAACGCUGGUAAAGCCCCUCGAGGGAACAGCCUUUGAGUAUGGCUUCAACAGCAACCGGCUACAGGAAAUUUUGAAAUACUGGAAAACGAGUUAUCUGAACAAAUGGACGGAACGGGAAGCGUUCCUGAACCAAUUUCCUCACUUCAAAACUCAAAUCCAGGGUUUGAAUAUACACUUCAUCCAUGUCAAGCCGAAGGUCCCUGCAGGUACGAAAGUGCUUCCACUGCUGCUGUUGCACGGAUGGCCCGGUUCGGUCCGCGAGUUCUACGAUGUCAUCCCAAAGCUGACGACCAAAUCCGACGAUAAGGACUUUGUGUUUGAAGUGGUUGUCCCAAGUUUACCCGGCUACGGUUGGUCCCAAGGUGCUUCCAAGCAAGGACUCAGUCCGUCCAGAAUUGCCGUCAUCAUGAAAAACCUUAUGGAUCGUGUAGGGCAUAAGAAAUUCUACGUCCAGGGAGGCGACUGGGGAUCGCUCAUUGCCAAUUUAAUUUCCACUUUGUACCAGGACAAUGUCUACGGAGUUCACUUAAACAUGUGUGGCGUGCAGGGCCUGAAAGCCAUCUUGAAAUCCAUCGUCGCUAGUUUUGCGCCAUCGACAUUCAUUGAUGCGAAAUACGUUGAAUACUACUACCCGGCAGGACCGAAGUUCAUGUACAUCUUGGCCGAGUCCGGCUACAUGCACAUCCAGGCAACCAAACCGGACACCAUCGGAACGGCCCUCGUCGGCAACCCAGUGGGUCUUGCGGCUUACAUCAUAGAAAAGUUCUCCACUUGGACCAAUCCCUCGUACCGGCAGCUGGCUGACGGUGGGCUGGAAAAGUACUUCACGCUGGACAGUCUGCUGGAUAACAUUAUGGUCUACUAUCUGACCGAUUCCAUCACCACUUCGCAACGGAUCUACUACGAAGCGUUCAGUGCCAGCGAAUUCGCUCUGGCCAUUGAUCGCAUUCCGACCCGGGUCCCGGCAGCUUGUGCCAAGUUUAAGUACGAACUAAUGCACACACUUGAUUGGGCCCUGCGGGAUCACUUCACCAACUUGAUUCAGAGCAACCACUUCGACGAUGGAGGUCACUUUGCCGCAAUGCAGUUACCUAAUGUGCUGUACAAGGACCUGGUAGAGUUCGUUAAGAAAGUUGAACAAUGAUGUUAAGUGCAGCUUUGGGAUCACUAUUAGUGUAUUAUAGAUUGUUAGCGGUGGUUUUUUGUAUCAAAAAAUAAAAGUAUUACACUC